AUGGAAAGACCAACAGAAAGGGAAGUCUGAUGAAGCUCGCAACUUUGGCGUCCGGCGGCGGCGAGACCAAGCCGCACGUCCUCCUGCUCCGUCCGGUGGACGCGCCCUUCGCCGCCGCUCUGCGCGACCGCUUCCACGUCCUUGACCUGUACGCGCCGGGGCAGGCGCUCCCGGCCCUGGCCUUCGUCGCCGCGGCCGCCGCCGUGCCAGAGCCCCCGCGCGCCAUGGUCAUCUGGGGAGGCGUGCGCGUGGACGCCUCGUUCCUCGACGCCGCCCCCUCCCUCCGCUGCGUCGUCAGCACGGCCGCGGGGCUCGACCACAUCGACCUGGCCGAGUGCGCGCGCCGCGGCGUCGCCGUCGCCAACUCCGGGGAGGUCUACUCCGCCGACGUGGCCGACUACGCCGUCGGCCUGCUUCUCGACGUGCUCCGGCGCGUGUCGGCGUCCGAGCGCUACGUCCGGCGCGGGUCCUGGCCGGCGCAGGGGGACUAUCCUCUCGGAUCUAAGCUUGGUGGUAAGCGUGUUGGCAUCAUCGGCUUGGGGAACAUCGGCUCACGGGUUGCAAAGAGGCUUGAAGCUUUCGGCUGCGUCAUCCACUACAACUCGAGAAAACCUAAGGAUUCAGUCUCUUACAAAUACUUCCCAAAUGUCCAUGAUCUUGCUGCUGAAUCUAACGUGCUCGUUGUCGCGUGCGCACUGAACAAGGCGACACUGCACAUCGUGAACAAGGAUGUGCUGGAGGCCCUAGGAAAGGACGGUGUGGUCGUCAACAUCGGCCGAGGAGCAAACAUCGACGAGGCAGAACUGGUCAUUGCACUCAGGGAGGGGAAGAUAGCAGGCGCAGGCCUUGACGUCUUCGAGCACGAGCCAAAGGUGCCGGCGGAGCUGUUCACCAUGGAGAAUGUGGUUCUGUCGCGCCACGUGGCGGUGUUGACGGAGGAGUCUAGGUCGGACCUGUGUCUGCACACCAUUGGCAACCUUGAAGCCUUCUUCUCCGGUCAGCCAUUGCUCACUCCGGUGCAUGCUGAUUCUCUAGCGCAGUGAGCGCAAGUUAGCAAAAGUGCACCACAACUUUUGUUGAUUGCGGAGUAUGUGCAGAUGUGUGACACGGUGCCUGCUGCUCUAUUUACACGGACACGCAUUGCAGGAGCUGAUACCAGUGAGGUCUCUGCUCACCAUGAGAAAAGAGAUACAGAAAAUAGAUGAACAUGCAAGGCAAACCACUGCAGAAAUCAGAAAUAGUGCCGCCAAAAGUAGUGGAGUUGCUUCUUCUAGUACUACUCUCUGUUUAGCCUUCUGUUGCCAUUGUACAAUUUUUUUCACAUGAACAUUCAGAACACAAGAAGCAAAUUUGUGCAGCA